AUAAUACAUAUCAUCUUUAAAUUCUUCAUAAAUAUGGAAAAGCAAAUGCAAGAUUCCAUCAGAUACUCAACUGUUUUGACCAUUAUUGAAAUUUCCGACCAUGUUGAAAUUGGUAAAUUGAUUGGUCGUAAUGGACGUAACCUAAAACCCAUUGAGAAAGGGACUGGUACCCACAUUUACAUUAAUACAAAAAAAAGUCCUCAACAAAUUGAAAUUAAAAUAAAUAAUAAAGAUAAUGAAGAUAGAGAUGAAAAUAUUUCGACUGGGGAGAGGAUCAAUAAAGCAAUAUGUCAAAUAGACAAGUUAUUAGAAGAUAUUGAAAUAAGAAAUCGAAGAAAAGAUAUAGAAAAAGAGAAAAACAAUAGUAGAAUUUCAGAUAAUGGUAAUCAUCAACACGCAACAGUCGCAACACCAAGAAAUCAUAAAGAUAACGAUCAGAAGGAAAAAAGAAAAAGGUCCAAAAGAAAAAUGCCGAAUACGACCAAAACACGACAAAUGGGUUUUUCGAAUCUGAUACAAAUUCCUGCAUACAUACGCAGAAAGAAGUUAAAGGAGGAAUUUGUGGUGACAAAUUUGUCUCACGGGGAAAGAGGGAAAGAUGGAUCAUUUAGAGACGAGGAAAGUUUGAGUAAGGCGAUUGCGGAUUCAAUAAAGAAGGAAGGACCCGAUGGAGUUUGGAUAAUUCCAUCAAGAAAAAAAAUAUUGGAAGAGCUUACCGAAGAUGCAGUGUUUGACACGGUGAAUAAAUAUAGGCAAGGAAUCUUGCAGAUCUACAGAGAAACAGAUAGAUUUGGAUUCAGAUACCAUUGA